GACAGAUGGUAAAAAAUCCUGAGACGCAAGAAAAGUAUGCUAUAGCCUGUGAUGAAUUUUAUGCUUUAUUUAAGAAACAUUACUCACAGUAUAUUGGAAUAAUCAAUCUAGCCAAAUGUACUCCACCAUAUGAGAAAUAUGUUUAUUAUUCUCUUAGUAGAUGA